ACAGCAGUACUCUAUAACCCCAUCAACCAGCAGUCGCUUUCUCAGCCUCUCUCGCCAUCAUCGUGACAAUGAAGACUCGCCAACAAGAAGCUUCACCGGCGUCCUCAGUCUCAUAUCUCAAGCUCAGGCUCUCCUUCAAUUCCCAACUCCACCUUGUUAACUUCUUUUCUCAUCUCUUGCUCUUCGGCUCUGGUUUACUCGUUGGAAUCGCACUUGCUUUCUGUCUCCCAGACUUGUCGCCUCUCGGCUUUCGAAUCCGGCAACAACUUCAUUCUUCUUCGCCCUCCCCGCCUCAUCCUGUCUCGUCAAACCGCACGAAUGUGACGACCACCUUGGUCACCCGACAUGGGUUGCGAGAUUUGUUGAAAGCCGAUGAUCAGAAGGCUAUGCAUGACAUGAACGAGCAAGAGUUGCUGUGGAGAGCUUCAUUGGUUCCAAAGAUUAAGGAACCGCCCUUCAAACACAAACCCAAGGUUAAGUUCAUGUUUUUGACAAAAGGGCCCGUGCUGUUGGCUCCUCUGUGGGAGAGAUUCUUCGAAGGCAAUGAAGGCCUCUACUCUAUUUAUGUCCAUUCUCAUCCAUCUUUCAACGAAACUCUGCCUCAAAGCUCUGUGUUUUAUGGUCGCAGAAUCCCCAGUAAGGAGGUAAAGUGGGGCGAAAUCAGCAUGGUAGAAGCAGAGAGACGUCUGUUAGCCAACGCGCUGCUAGAUUUCAGGAAUCGGCGUUUUGUUCUGCUUUCGGAGUCAUGCAUUCCUCUGUUUAACCUCUCCACAGUAUACAAUUACCUGGUGAAGUCGAGAAAGAACUUCGUGGAAGCCUACGACGCCCCGGGGGCGGUGGGUCGGGGCAGGUACACCCCGAGAAUGAGGCCGCUGGUGAGGCUGUCAGAGUGGAGAAAAGGGUCGCAGUGGUUCCAAAUAGACCGUGGUCUGGCCGUCGAGGUGGUCUCGGACCGCCAGUACUUUGCGGUGUUCAGCAAGCACUACUUGGCCACCCUGGUGAGUAUCAAGUUUUGGAGCAGAAACUCCAACAGGACACUGACCUGGGUUGAUUGGUCCAAGGGUGGCGCCCAUCCUUCCAGGUUCAUCACAACCCAUGUGACUGUGGAGUUCUUGAAGAGGCUCAGACACGGACGAAGGACUUAUGUCACAGUGCAGUCCAUACAUCAAGAUCAUAUCUCCAACAGCCAAAUUUCUUGCAUAUUAUUAGGAUGGAUUUUGAAAUUGAAGAUAACAGGAAGGAAGAGGGAGGGAUUUCCUAGAGUAUUACAUAGCAGGUUUGAUUUGAUGAUUGAGUAAAUAAAAGCCGAA